AUGAAAAAUUAUCUAUGUGAAGAAGAAUCUCAAAUACAAACUAUUGAUUAUAUCUAUGAAGAAUUUAGAAAAGAAGUAAAGUUCUCAUACAUAAUAUAAUAGUUUGAUAUAAUACUAAAUAAAUGUAUUGCCUUUGAUCAUUGUACCUAUAUUAUAGAUUACUACUAUAAUUUUAAAAUAGGGCUUAAAGAACAAAUUAAUAAACUUGAUCCAAAUACAAGAGUAAUCAAUUAUUUAAACUUAGUUAUAUAAAUAACUAUGUUAAUUAGAUGAUAUCUCAGAAAAAUCACUUGAAAUUAUCAAAAUGCUUAAUGAAUAUGAAGAAUGUAUAAUAUCAUUCAAUUCUAAUUAGAUCGAUUUCCUUCUAAAGUAUAAACUAUUAAAUCUUUCAAAUCUUUUGCUCCAAAAGCACUUCAAAAAAAGAAAACUGUGUAAUUGUGUGAAAGCUUUAUGUUUGAAGAAAAUUAAGGACUCCCUUAAAAUAGUUUGAGAAAUAGUCAAUUAUAAGUUAUUUAAGAAGAGAAUCUUAAAGAAGAUGAAAUUAUUCCAGAUCAAUUCGAACAAUAAGUUGUCGAAUCUGAAAUACAUUCGAAAAACAAGCUUCUUCAAAAUAAUAUUAUCAUGAAUCCUGAAUAAGAAGAAUUAAAUAAUAUAGAAAUGAGAAUGCAAAAGGCUAUAAAUUUAUAUAAAGAAGCUUUACUAGAUGAAGCUCUAGAAAUUAUAUAGGAUAUUUUUCUUAAGUUAAAUUAUAAAUAAGCUUAAUGGUUUAAAGAGAAAAAUUAUUAAGAAUUCUAUGAAGAUUUAAAAGAGAAAAAGAUUAUACUUACAUAGAAUUUAAAUGAAUUAGAUUCAGGAGGAUGGAGAAUUGAAAAAUAAACAUAAAAUUUAAUCAUUAAAUAUAAACUUUUUGAGGAAGAAUAAACAGUUACUGUUUAUUUAGACUCUGUAUUUGAAGCAAAUAUAACAAAAUUAAUGGCAUUAAUAAAUGAAAUAGAUUUAUAUUAAAAUUAUGUUCCAUUUUGUUAAAGAUCAUCAAUGAAUAAAUAAUUAAGUAAGACUUGUAAAAUUUGUGAUAUAAUUGUAUACUUUCCAUUUAUUUCAGAUAGAAGAGCUGUUUUUGUUGGAGAAGGAAUUGAUAGACUUAUGAUUAAUGGAACAAUAGUUUUUGUUUGUAAGUCUAUUGAUUAGAAUAUCGAAUAUUAAUAAAAACAUGAUAUUCAUUUUUAAACAAAUAAAAAACUUGUUAGUUUGAUAAUCAAUUACUAUAUUUUUGAAUUGACUCCUAUUAAUAAUAAUAAAUGUAGAGUACGUGCUAUUACUAAUUCAAAUCCAUAGGUUAAAUAUCUACCUAAUUGGAUUAUUGGAUAUUUGGCUAGAAAAGUAAUUGUAUUAUUUAAUUUUUUAGAUGGCACAUGAAUUAUUUGAAAGAAUGGAAAAAAUAACUAAGAAUUUUGAGAAAUCUCCUUGGUUUGAAAAAUAUAAUCAAAACAUAGAAUUUUAUUAGUGGAUUGACUAAAAAGUAUAGAAAUACUUUGAAUUACGUUAAAAAUGA